AUGGAUAAUUUACGUUAUAAAGAAGAACAACCAUUUCUUGGGGAAUAUAUAAAAAAUCCAGAUAUUCCACCUCAUGGUACCUCUAUAACACCACCACCAACUCCUGAAAGAGUUAUUGAUGGUAUAUCAAUAGAAUUUUUAAAUUCAAGAACAAGAGUUCAAAGACGUGGUGAAGAUGUUGUAUAUUUUUUUGAUUAUCGUGAAGAUAUUAAUAAUCCAAGAUGUACUAAAGAAAUUUUAGAUAGACAUAAGUUAAAAAAUCUUGUUAAAUCAAAAGAAUGGGGUUUAAUAAAACAUCCCAUGGUUUUAAAUUUUAUUAAUGAAAAAUUGAUUAAUAGUGCAAUGGUUUAUGCUUUCCAUUGUUUAAUCUAUUUUUUUUUUCUAUUUCUUCUUUAUUCAUUUGUUAUGACGCAAACAAAUUAUUAUAGAAGUAUUUUAGUAUCAUUUUUUCUUAUAUUUUUCCUAUUUUUUAUGUUUUUAAAAUUUAUGUUAAAACAAACAGAGAAAGAAAAAUUUACAAUAUGGUUUAUUUUAUCAUAUAGUUUUAAUAUAUUAACAUACCUUACAACAGCAAUGUAUGUAUGGCAUGAAUAUAUAUUUUCAUUUGAUGAUUAUUAUGAAGAUACAAAAAUGGUAAUAUCAUGGAUUUUACCAAUUAUUUCAGUUAUCUCAGCAUGGAUAAAUUGUCUGUAUAUUUUAAGAAAAUCACCAUUUGGAGUAUAUAUAUUAAUGAUAAAAAAAAUAUUAACAACAUUUUUUAAAAUUUCCAUUAUCUUUGUAACAACUCACCUUGCCUUUUCUUUUGCCUUUCAAUUGAUAAUGAAGGAUACUGGAACAGAACCAUGGGAUGAUAAAGAUUCUUUUAAUGGUACAGUACCAUUGAUGGCUGUAUUAACAUCAUUAGCUAAGACAUCCUCAAUGAUGAUUGGUGAGUUAGAUGCUAAUGAUUUUUUGGGAAGAAAACAAUGGUUGGUACAUAUACUUUUGAUGCUUUUUAAUGUUUUUACGGUAGUAUUACUAAUGAAUCUUCUUAUUGCUUUGACUAUUGGUGAUGUUCAGGAGUUAAGAUAUAAUGCUGAAGAUACAUUACUUAAAAUUAAAUUAAAUUAUUGUCUUGAGUCAUUACAAAUGUCUGAAUUAUGUACAUGUUUAAGUAGUAUUAGUAAUAUGUUAAAUAAUACCAAAACAAAUAAUAUUUUAAUUAUAAAUUCUGAAGAUGGUUCUUCAUAUACUUUAUAUAAUUCAUCAAUAAAAAUAGAUCCUAAUGAAAAAAAUCAAAUAAGUAAUACAAAACAUUUUAAUUGGUAUAUGUGUAUGGAGGAGAAAGGUUUACAUAUUUUACAAAAAUCAUUUAAUAAUCAAAAUAGACUUUAUAAAUUAAACAGAGGAUCAAUAAUAAUGAAUGAAACUUUUGGUUCAGGAAUAUUAGAAUAUAGGAAUGAAGUUACUGAUUCUAUGUUAAAUGAUGAAGAAACAUAUCUUAGAAAAUUUAAAAGAUGGUUAAUUGGUAUUAAUUGGAGUGCAUUUCAAAUGUAA